GGUCAAUUUGUUAGCAACCUGAAACUCAAGAGGCAAAAAUCUGUUGGAGUGCAAGUUGUGCGCCAAAGUGUGAGAGUUGUGGGUGCUUCCCACCAGGUGGCAGGGAGGAGGGGCCUUUCCUGACUGGACCGCUGGCGGGGAUGCUGCAUUUUUUCGUCCCUCUCGACUCCCGUGCUCAAAAUCGCUUUUUUUUUCCUUUUUCAACUCCCUCCAUAUUUUUCCUCCCCCGUGCCGCCUCCAGCGUCUUGAUCCAUCAUCUUCUGUCUCUCCUUGCCCUUUCGACGGUUUAUCCUUUGUCAAUCCUUUCAAGAUGUCUGCCCCCAACGACGACGCUCAGCAUGAGCACACCUUCGACUCCGUCGACGCUGGUGCGUCCGCCACCUACCCCAUGCAGUGCUCUGCUCUGCGUAAGGGUGGCCACGUCGUGAUCAAGAACCGUCCUUGCAAGAUCGUCGACAUGUCGACCUCCAAGACCGGCAAGCACGGUCACGCCAAGGUUCACUUGGUUGCCAUCGAUAUCUUCACUGGCAAGAAGCUCGAGGAUCUCUGCCCCUCCACCCACAACAUGGACGUUCCCAACGUCAAGCGCACUGACUACCAGUUCUCCUACAUCGAUGAGGACUUCCUUGUCCUUAUCGACUCCAACGGUGAGGAGAAGCGUGACGUCAAGAUGCCCGAGGGUGAGCUUGCCAAGCGCAUUGAGAAGCUCGAGGAGGAGGGCAAGGACUUCUUCGUCGGUGUCCAGACCGCCAUGGGUGAGGAGGCUGCCAUCGAUGUCAAGGAGGCUGCCAACAAGGACUAAAGGAAGUCUAAUUGAGGAGUUGGAGGGACACCGGACGUUUGGCAUUUAACGAUGGCUUCAUGGGACGGUUCUGUUGGUUUUUGCCUGGCUAAGAGAUAUCCGUCUUUUUUGCGCUAUAUCUAAGUGUUUUAUGGGUCACACAUGAAUGGUUUCACGUCUUCCCGUUUUGUUGGACCCGGUAGCUGCUGGAAUAGGGCGCGACUUCUUCAGGAAAUCGCAAGAAGCUAACGUCUGCCAAACAUCUUGCGCGUCUCAUGGUCUUUUCUCGGU